GCUUUCCCUGUGGAUUUGGCUUGAGGAACUGGCCUGUGACAAGACCACCACCUUCGGAUCUGUGAGAUGACGGUUAGGCUCUGGAGUUCAUGUAUCAAUAAGGAGACUUGGGUGCAGGAGAGAAAUGUCUUAGACUUCUGUUGCUGCUGUCAUCUGGCUGUAAACACAGUUAUUUCAAGGGGGAAGAUUGUUGCAACUGCGAUGGAUUUUCUGGUAUUAGAUUUAGCAGGUCUAAUUAAGACCCACUAAAUCGAACUCAGUGUGAACUCUCCUUGGCGGCCUGUAUUCCUACACUCGUGCGGAGUAAGAGAUUCAUUUGCUCCCAUUGACCUCCCACCAUGGUGAUGGUGAAGAAACUUGAAUCAAGCAUUUUGCAUGUGUUGGAGAAGGAAGCAAUACUGAUCAGUUUCAUGUCUUUAAGUGGUCUGUUUCCAGUUAGUUUCAUUAUCUGGCUUUUGUACAGCAUCUUGCAAAAUACACUGGGCUGAAUUUGAAUAUGGAAUUCAAUCCAUCGGAUCACCCACGGGCCAGCACAAUAUUCCUCAGUAAAUCUCAAACAGAUGUGAGAGAAAAACGCAAGAGUCUCUAUAUAAACCACCAUCCUCCUGGGCAACUGAGAAGGAAAUACAGUUCCUGCUCCACUAUUUUCCUGGAUGACAGCACAGUCAGUCAACCAAACCUCAAGUAUACAAUUAAAUGUGUAGCUCUUGCAAUAUAUUACCACAUCAAAAACAGGGACGCAGACGGAAGGAUGCUCUUAGAUAUUUUUGAUGAAAACCUUCACCCCCUUUCGAAAUCCGAAGUGCCACCAGACUAUGACAAACAUGACCCAGAGCAGAAACAGAUUUACCGUUUUGUUCGGACGUUAUUCAGUGCUGCUCAACUGACUGCUGAAUGUGCCAUUGUCACCCUGGUAUACCUUGAAAGACUGUUAACUUAUGCAGAGAUAGAUAUUUGUCCAGCAAACUGGAAGCGAAUUGUAUUGGGUGCAAUUCUACUGGCAUCCAAAGUUUGGGACGACCAGGCAGUGUGGAAUGUGGAUUAUUGCCAGAUCCUGAAAGAUAUCACAGUUGAGGACAUGAAUGAACUGGAGCGCCAGUUUCUUGAGUUGUUGCAGUUCAACAUUAAUGUUCCCUCCAGUGUUUAUGCCAAGUAUUAUUUUGACUUGCGUUCCCUGGCAGAAGCGAACAACCUGAGCUUUCCUUUGGAGCCUCUCAGCAGGGAAAGGGCAUAUAAACUUGAGGCCAUCUCCCGCUUGUGUGAAGACAAGUAUAAAGACUUCAGGAAAUCUGCAAAGAAACGGUCAGUUAGUGCUGACAAUCUGACUCUGAUUAGAUGGUCUCCUGCCAUCAUCUCCUAACAGUGAAGUCUGGAGUAUUUCAACGGAAGGACUGUUUCAUUCAUCCAGUUUUUUGGAGGUGUGAUGGGGAGAAAACAAGACUUUGGGUUUUUACAUUUAGAUCUGUUAAUCUGCCUUUACAGUGCCUCCCCCUUGCGUAGCACAUACAAAUAAAAAAUUGAAUGGAAGGAGAAAUCAGUACAGUAUACAGGAGAGGAGAUUGGAAGCAACAUUUUUUUGUCACUUUCUUCACAGCUUUACCCUUUUUUUGGAAGAAACAGCUAAUCAUAUGCUUGAAAGAGAAAAGAAAUGGAGUAGAGGCAGAAACUGAUUAGAGAAUGUGCCAUUUUUUAAAAUAUGCUGUACUCGUCAACAGAAAAGAUGGCAUGAAACCAAACCACAAAUAAGUUUGGCCAUGCCACUAUAUGAAUGGAGUUGAAUUAUUUCAUCUUAAAUUAUUCUCCUUAGUAUCUUCUAUCAAUAUAUAUAUAUAUUUUUUGCAUUCCUCCUUGCUACUGCUUUGGGUUAUUUCUCCCAAUCUUCUGCAGAGCAGGAAAUACAAAGUCUGUAUCUACAGUAGCACAAGCCUCUGAAUAAGUAGUUUUGGUGUUUUUAUUCAUUGCACUUUUCUCCAUAAGUUGACUUAUUUGCAUUAUUUUUCAUAAUCAUUAUGCCUAUGUUAUGUUUUAUAUGCCUUUUAUUGUACUUAAAAAUAACUUGACCAUAGUGCUGAACCAAAAGUGUAUAUGGAGAUCAGAUGAUCACUCGUAACUUCAUUAUGUAUUUUAUUUAUAGUAUACGUAGGUGUGUGUGCCUACCUGAGUUCUUGGAAUCAUUUAUAUUUCCUUAAUAUAAACAUAAGAUUGUUGAAGUAUUCAAUGAUGAUGAGACUUGGGCUAAAUUGUUGAAAUUUCCAUGAGUCCUUUUUGCAGAUUUUCAUAACAUUAGACGGUUAGCAAAAUUCAUUAUAUGAAAAAGGGUUUUUUUUUGUAUGGCCCAACUAGUUCAUUCUUUCACCUCCAGGCCCAUGUUUGCAAGCAAUAGCCUCAAUUUUUAUAUGUUUACUUUAACUCAAAGUUAGUUUGUAUAAAAUAAAAAAACUUUAAAAAAAAAUUGUUACAGUGAAAAGGUCCAUAGAAGAGCAGAAUGUUAAUCUUUCCCAUGGUAUUUCUCACAAGUAGAUUGAAUUUUAAAAAUAUAUAAUAAAAACCCUUGCAUUUUUCAGUGUGGGUGCUUAUAGAAAUUUAAACAAAAUUCAAACUGUGAAGACCCAUUUUCUCCUAUGUUGAUCAUUGUAUUUUUCUGUUGUUGGGUCCCCUUUCAUGCCUAUUGCCUCCUGAGCUACACAAAAACCUUUUUAUAUCAAAUAAUGUAUCUAUGUAAAAACACUUGUUUGCUCUCUAAUGCUUGUGGAUAUCCUUUAUGAAGAUUUUUUGCACAUUUUAGAAAGAUACAGUUGAAAAAUCUGCAUCCCCUGAAUUAUUUUUUUGCAAGUAUCCUUGAAGUAAAUAUCAGCAGACUUCCUGUAUUUUACUUGCUUUAUGCACUACUUCAGUAAAUGAUAGAGUCCAUAUUAGUUUUAUUAAGCCCUAAGGGCUUAUACAAGACAUACAAGUUCAUAGACACAUGAUUCAUUCCCUGGGCAGUGCUGAUCAGAUGCCUUGACAGUGGAGAGGCAUUGAAAGAAUCGAAGUACUAAUACCAAACAGAGUUUUCUAUUAAUAUUCUUGUGAUAUGGCAUAGUAUGAUAUAUGAAAGUUUUGCCCGUAACUUCUCUUGAUGUCUUUCAGGGCACUAAAAGUAAUUUAAUUCUGAUCCUUUAUCAGUGUGCCAAUGGUUUAGAACUGCGAGUAGCCAGAUCCAUUUCUUUUUCUUGAACGUCUAAUGUAAAGAUCACUCUUUAUAAAUAACAAUAAUAAAAAAAUAGAGCAUUUGAAACUCAAUUCAAAAUAUUGCUAAGAGGACAUUUUCCUAGCAUUUGGACUUGGAGAUCCCUGCCAAGUGUAAGUUUAGGUUUUACAGAUAUGUAAAAUGUUUUGUUUUAUCAAGAAUUUGAAAAACAAUUUUCUGUUAUCUUUAUAGCAGGAAUAUUAAUAUUCAUAUUUCUAGUGAUAGAGAUUAAUUCUGAACUAUGUAAAAAUCUCAGUGCAUCUGCUAUAAUUUUUGUGGAGUUUAUUAAACUACUUUAAAGAUUGUAUAGUCUAUUUAUUGUAUGUAUGUACAUACAUUCUGAUAAAAAAAAAAGUGGAUUCUGUAAAACCUGGCUCAGUCAUGUUUAAACUAUUGAAUAUUGUUUUAGCCUUGUGCACUGGACUCUACCUCUGUAUAGGAAAAUUUUCCAUAUCCUUAAUUAGUACUGAUUCUGUGGUUAACUUGGUUGUUUCUUGCACUAAGAAUUAAAAAGAAAAUCUGCUCUGUG